AUGAGUUCCUCCUCCGAUAUUGUCCCUGACCGAUCUUCCCUUGACCAUGAUGUCUCCGGGAACCACCACUCUCCGCCGGCCGACGGUGAUUCUCCGGCUGCGGAUGCGAAAAUUCCCUCGGAGGACACUACGGCGCUCAGGAGAACGAGGCCUUCACGCGCUUGCACUGUUAGGGCACAGCAGCGGCUUCAAGAGCAGCAAGCCGCUGAGAGGAAGCUCAGGCCGCCUAAGAAGGAGUAUAAACGGGAGCAUCGACGGAGAGAGGAAGAGGUGGAGGAGGAAGAUGAGGAUGUCGACGAUCAGGAGGAAGAGGACGACGCAGAUGAGAACAAGCAGCAUUGCGUCGGAGCAAGUUCCGGUAAAAUCGUUACUUCUCUUGUCCCGCCACCGGAGCCUUCACAGAUGCCGCGAUGGAAUCUUCGUUCCAUGUGGGAACUUGCUUCCGUGCUCAAUUUCUUGCAUGUAUUUAGACCGCUUUUGAAAAUCAACGCGGAGUUUUCAGCGGAGGAGUUCGAAACGGCUCUGCUGAAUCCAAACGAUACCUUGAGUGAUAUUCAUAUUCCUCUGCUAAAGGCGAUUCCUCCUGUAACUCGAAUGGCCCUUACACGUGAUACCUGGGUCACUGUCUUGUGCAGAAAAAUAAGAGAUUGCUGGCAUUGGGUUGCUGAAGGGGACCUUCCUAUUGUUGCCUCGCAAGGGCGGGAGAUUGAAGCGUACAAAUCUCUUGAUCCAGCCAUUCGUGUGGUGAUUUUGAAAGCUUUAUGUGAUAUUCGUGUUGAGCAAGAGGAUAUCAGGAGCUUCAUUGAUAACUCUCUUAAAACUGGUGCUCAUCUGUCAGUUUUCCGCAAAGAUCGCGUUGGGGGUGAUUCACAUGGAGUUAAUUUCUGGUACGAGGAUGAUCCCUUAAUUGGUCACCGUUUAUAUCGGGAAAUAAGGAAAGCAGAGGUGGUGAAGGUCAGAACAAAGGGUUCCAAGAUUCUUCCUAACGUAACAUACCAAUGGGAAACUGUCGCCACUAAUUUCGAUGAAUUCCAAGAUGUUUCUGAAAAACUUAAUUCAAGUAGUAGUAGAAUUGAAGUUUCUCUCGGGAAGAAGUUAACGAGAGAUAUGCUUCCUGAGAUAGAAAGAGAACACAAGAGGAAAGAAAAAUUGUUGAAAAAGCAACAUAGACAGGCUCUUCUCCUUGAUAACUAUUUGGUUGUUGACGGUCUUGGUGCUGGCCGUUCUCUCCGUGACAGGAAGCCAGUUAGAUACACUUUUGAUGAUUAUGAUAGGUCGAUAAAUGAAGCUAUCAAGAUAACAAAGAAGAAGCAUCCAUCACCAGAACCCCCACUCCACAGAAGAGAAUCAGCCAGAUUGGACGCUCUUGCGAAUGGCAGAUCGACCAGUUCAACCAACCCUACCGAGCUUGUGAACGAUACAGCAUCUGCGAGAUCCUCUGAUUUUGCUGAUUAUGAUGAUUUUGAUGAGCAGAGAGAUGAGUCCUUGGACAGAAGGCAAGAGCCAGUGUAUUUUUUCCCACCCUUAAAUUUCCCUUUCAGAACUUUGCAAGAAAAUGAUAUAAUUCGAGCUAACGAGUGUAGUGUCCGUGACAACAAUGCCGAGUACGAGGAAGAAGAGGAAGAGGAAGAAGAAGAUUCUCUUAGUGCUAGCGAAGAAGACAGUGAUGAGCCCCGAAGGGUUAAGAAAAUGCCGCGGAGAGAAACUAAGUUACGAUCAAGGUCAAAGGAUUUCCGGCCAGGCCUGAGACGUAGUAAAAGAGCCACAAGAGUCGAUUACCAACAAUAUGAGCUCUCAGAAUCAGACAAAGAAGCCACAGGAUCUGCAAAACGUAAGCGACUGGUUGAGCCAGACCCAGACGAACAUUCCGAUGAAACAGGGAAUGGGAAUUUCACGAUGGGAAGUCAGGACUCUGAAGAAAAUGCAGAUGACCCAGAAACCAAAUCUGCGGAUGAAGAAGUAGAAGGAGAAGAGCCCAGAGAGGUCAGUGACAAUGCAGAGACGACAAAUCAACUUAACCAAUCAAACGGCAUAAACCAAGAAGAAGUUGAUGGUGUAGUAGGCAAGAGGCGUUACCUCGACUUAAACGAGCUUGCCCCUGUUUCCGGUUUUGAUGAUGGUCCUAGUACAGUAUUGAAGGAUGAUGAUAAGACAGACAAUUCAUAA